AUGCGCCUUCUUCAAGCUGCUGCUCUUGCAGCCUUUUCUGUCCCCAUAGUCGCUCGAGGCGAUUUCGACUUCAGAGUCAACCAACCACGCCGACUCGUUGCUGUGCAAAAGCCUAGUCCGGACAGAAUUACUGAACACAAGAUUACUCUGGGGCGAGCUAACACAAAAGCUAACUCAUUGAGUGCUGGAUACCUUCAAGCCAUCAGGUCGAGCCAACAUGUAGACGGUGUCUACUCAAGACUUCGAGUAAGCUGUAUUCGCAUCGGUGGAUAUCAGAGUACUAAUCAAGGUCNNCAGAAUGGUACUGCAGACCUUAUCUCAGUCAAUGCAGGAAGUGUCUUCCUCGCACCUCUCACUGCAGGUGCCGAAACCUUCGAAGUUGUCAUCGACACGGGAAGCAGCGAUACCUGGCUCGUCAACAGCCAAUUCACCUGCGUCAACCCUAAAAACUCUGCUGUCCAAGACGAAGCAGAUUGCAUGUUCGGACCAGCGUACUCCUUGACCUCCAUAGCCGAGCAGAUCCCUAACCGCAACUUCAACAUCUCGUACGCAGACGGAGAACGCCUUAAUGGUGAAAUGAUUACCGAGGACUUGACCUUUGCGGGCAUCACAGUGGAGAACCAAACUAUGGGACUCGUCACCUACGCAGGCUGGUACGGCGAUGGUGCAUCUUCAGGAUUGGUUGGACUCGCCUAUGCGUCCUUGACAAACCAAUACAGCGGCAACAACCCAAAUGCAGAUAUUGCAGGCUUGACCAUCCCUUACAACCCCCUCCUCACGAGCAUGUUUGCUCAAAACCUCACUGCUCCUCUUUUCAGCAUCGCUCUCGACCGUGACGUCUCCAGAAGCGCUCAAUCAGCAGGGNGUGUCCUUGCCGUGGGCGGCAUCCCAAACAUCCCCCAUGGAACCUUUUGGGCGUCGGCCAACAUCUCCGUCGUCGUCAUUGACGCCUCCACAGGCCAAUCCGAAUAUCAGUUUUAUGCCAUAAGUGUCGACGGCUGGGCAGUAAGCAAAGAUUGGAAUGCAAACUUUGACGUCAAGAUGACUGGAAACACGAAANAGACGCCUUUGCUGGGCGCACCCACUCGCAAAGUCAUUGUGGAUUCGGGCACGAGUUUGAUCUACGCACCUACCGCUGUCGCUGCCGCCCUUGCUGCAGCCUUCAACCCUCCUGCUACUGUGAACGCAAGCUAUGGACUUUACACUGUCGCUUGCAAUGCCACCGUGCCUUUAUUCGGCGUCACCAUAUCCAGCAAAGUGUUUUACAUCAACCCCUUGGAUCUCAUCAUCGAUACUGGAUUGGGCUUUUGCGUCAUGGGUGUCCAAGACAAUAAUGGAGGCUUGACUAUCAUCGGAGAUGUGUUUAUGAGAAACGUGCUCACUGUUUUCGAUGUCGGGGCCGCUCAGGUCCGUUUUUCGGCCAGGACAUGUCAGUUGACUGAUGGAACUAUUACCACUGGAGGGAAAGCUAACUUUUUCUGA